UCAUUCUUAUGUUGAUCUGUCUUCUAUCGCAUUGUUUCGAGACCGAAAAUUGACUAGACGCUUGCUGCCAGCAAACACAGAACACAGUGUUGAGUGAUGCGCAGGAAGGUGCUAAGUAGCAAGUUGCUAAAAAUAUAAGCAGAUGAAGUCAUAUGCGAACUCAUACGCACACAGAAGAAGAGACAGCAAGCAAUUUACGAAAAAAUACAAAACGCCAGUCCACAAGUUUCGUUUUCAAUAAUUGAGUGCUAAGUGAAACUUAUUGCUAAAUAUUCUUAAGAAAACAAUCGUAUUCGGGUUUUCCCUAUUCCAAAGACGCACCAAGGACUCGAGAAAUCGCCAUUUAACGCUUGACGAGGAUUUCCACACGUUGAAAACACAAACCCAAAGAACCACAGCAUGAGUAAGCAAGCGCCACCGGCUUAUGGUUUCGUGCCGCCACCGUCGGCACCUCCCAGCUACGCACAAGCCGUGGGAGGAGUUCCACCGGCCAGCCCAUUUAUUCCAAAUGUUCAACAGCCCACCGGUCCGCCCAUCAUUACCACAGUCGUUCCGGUCGGGCCACAGACAACGCACAUGAUCUGUCCCAGCUGCCAAGCCGAAAUCAACACACAAACAACAACCUCACCCGGGUUGAUCGCUUAUGUAUCUGGCUUUCUAAUUGCAUUAUUUGGUUGCUGGCUCGGAUGCUGCCUGAUUCCGUGCUGCAUUGAUGAAUGUAUGGAUGUCCAUCACAGUUGCCCCCAUUGCAAGGCCUAUCUCGGACGACAUCGACGAUAAGAAGCUGGAACUGAGCGCCAAUGCUGUUGAUAUCACUGAACCGAAUCUGCCAUAGUUCCAUCUCUAGGGUAUCUCGAAAUAUAACAUAACGAAAGGGUAACCUGCUAAGAAAAAAAAACGAAUCCAUUGAUAAAACUGUUUGGUAGCACUCGUGACAUACGUAACCAACAAAUAUUUUUAAAUUGUUCGUGUCGUUGGUAAACCAUACGCAAAGCGCACCACUCGCUGUUUUGUAACGGCAGAUGAACAAUUGACAUCAGCAUAAUUAUUGCAAUAAUUUCUGUGUAAUCUACUAAAGCAAAACGAAGGCCGCUGUUACCAACGAGUACAGAGGGCAGUGAUUAUUUGAAACCGAUUUCUCUGUCGUGAAUGUGUAACUUGUUAUAUUCAUUGUUUCUUUGAUUCUUCUCGCGGACUUACACAUUUUUAUACGUCUCGUUCGUAUUGGUAGUGUUGUGUUAUUGUUAUAACAUUUGCAGCCGAUAAUAUUGAAUAAACCAAAAAUGAUUUUAAUGUAACUAAA